AUAAAUAUAAUACUUGCUUUGCUCACCAAUACACUCCUGUCCAUAUUACUUGUACUCAUUGCAUUCUGAUUACCCCAACUAAACACUUACACAGAAAAAGCAAGUCCUUACGAAUGUGGAUUUGACCCCAUAGGAUCUGCCCGCCUACCCUUUUCCAUGAAAUUCUUCUUAGUAGCUAUCACAUUUUUACUAUUUGACCUAGAAAUUGCACUACUACUCCCCCUUCCCUGAGCCUCACAAACGAGCAAAAUACCUACCAUGCUUGUCACAGCUCUCCUACUAAUCUCACUAUUAGCCGCAAGCUUAGCCUAUGAAUGGACCCAAAAAGGACUAGAAUGAACUGAAUA